AUGGUCGGUUUUGAAAGAGAGACUGAAAUGCUAAUAGAGCAACUUGUGACAGGACCUUGGGAAUUAGAUGUGAUCUCAAUUUUUGGAAUGCCAGGACUAGGAAAAACAACUUUAGCUAAGAAAUUGUAUGAUCAUGAAGCAAUUUGCAAUCGCUUCGAUAUUCGCUUGUGGUGUUGUUCUUCCCAAUCUUAUGAUAAUAGGGCUCUCUUGUUUCAAUUAUUGGGUCAUAUUUCUGAGCUUGAUAGUACCAAAAAAAUGAGUAAUGAUGAACUAGCUGAGAAGCUCUACGAAAGUUUGAAGGGAAAGAGGUACCUUCUUGUUGUGGAUGACGUGUGGAGUUCUGAGGCAUGGGAUGAUAUAAAGAGACCUUUUCCAGAUGAUGAUAAGGGAAGUAGGAUUAUUUUGACAACCAGACUUGAAUCGAUCGUCACAUAUGCCAUGAUCUCAUCAAGUCCUCAUCACCUUCGUUUGUUCACAGAAGAAGAAAGUUGGAUGCUACUGAAGGAGAAGGUAUUCAGAGAAGGUGAUUGUCCCCAAGAACUCGAGGAGAUCGGUAUGCAAAUAGCGAGAAAGUGUGGAGGAUUACCCCUUGCAAUUGUAUUGGUGGCUGGUCUUUUUGCAGAAAAUGAUCAUAGGGAAGUAGGUUACUGGAAAGAAGUAGGUGAAAGUUUGAAGUCAAAUAUGCGAGGUUGCACGGGUAUAAUUGAAUCCAGUUACCAACACUUGCCCAUUCAAUUGCAAAAAUGCGUUCUCUACUUUGCUUCAUUUCCAAAGGACCAGAAUGUUCCUGUUAAAAAACUGAUGCGACUAUGGAUCGCAGAAAAUUUUGUUGAAGCCAGUACUGGAUCAAACAGCUUAGAGAUGGUCGCAAUGGAUUACUUGAUGAAUUUGAUUGGGAGCAACCUAGUGAUGGUGGGUAAAACAAAUUUCUCAGGGGAGCCCAAAGCCGUCCAUAUUCAUGACUUAAUACACGAAUUUAGCUUGAUGAAAGCUAAAAGGGGCAAAUUCUUGCUGAGGAUACAAAAUCAGCUGUAA